UUUAUGGAAGUUUUUAGUGUCUUCUUAGCAAGCUCGUGCAAAUAUAGUAAAAAAAUGUUGAAAUAUUUUAUAAUUUUUACUGUAACCACUUUUAUAAGUUUAACUCAAAAUGUGCAGGCUAAUGAUAUCAUGAAGCUGCCUAUGGGCCUUUUGCUGGAAGGCGUUGUACCUUAUGCCAAUAAAUGUGAUCCGAAGCCUGAACUGGAACACAUGGAGGAACUCUUCUUGUUUAAAGAGGACGCACAGCAUGCAACGAAAUGCUUUCGUCGUUGCCUAAUGGAUCAGUUUGAAUUGUUCGUAGAAGGUGGAACACAAGUUCAUACCGAGAAGUUGGCGUACGGCAUGCUUUUGCUGUAUCCUGAUAAAAUGGAUGAGCUGAGCGAAAUAUCAGAUGGCUGUAACGAGCAAAACAAUCAAAUGGGCAUCGAAGAGAAGUGCGAAGUAGCCCAUUCAUAUGCAAUGUGUAUGCUGAAAGAAAUGCAGUCGCGUAAUUAUGAAAUACCUGAGGUCGAGCAGUGAAAUUGUAUGCGUACAUCGAUCUUUGGAGUAAAAUUGAUAACACGAUCAAACUCAUGUAUAUUUUUUUUUACUUAGAUUGCUUUCAAUAAAAAUUUAGUGGCAUAUUUAGUUUGUGGCUAAAGAUGAUAAUUAAA